GGAAAAUAUUGGGAAUUCGAGCAGACGACACCCCAGGUGACGUAGAGGAAGUGGCCCUCUUUCUCGGUGGCUGCCGUAGACCACCGCUGUUGUCCACCAUCGUUCCCUCUGAAAGAGUUGUAGUUUUCUAUUUUCUGAAGAGGAAUCGAAACGUAGGAGAGAAUGUCGGAGCCGAAUAUGAGUUUGAGCCUUCGGGGCACCCUCCGAGGGCACAACGGUUGGGUGACACAGAUUGCAACGAAUCCGAAAUAUCCCAACACGAUCUUGUCUGCAUCUCGCGACAAGACUCUGAUCAUGUGGAAGAUAACCAGAGAUGAGAUGGGCAACUAUGGAAUCCCACAGAAGCGACUGCAUGGGCACAGCCACUUUGUUACAGACGUUGUGACAUCUAGUGACGGCCAUUUUGCUCUGUCGGGUUCCUGGGACAAGACCCUGCGUCUCUGGGAUCUUACCACGGGUAGAACUGCUCGGAGAUUUGAAGAUCACACAAAGGAUGUUUUGAGUGUGGCCUUCUCAGCUGACAACCGUCAGAUCGUGUCAGGUUCCCGAGACAAGACGAUCAAGCUGUGGAACACAUUAGCUCAGUGCAAGUUCACUAUUCAAGAAGAUGGCCACACUGACUGGGUGUCCUGUGUCCGAUUUUCACCCAAUAACAACAAUCCUAUCAUUGUUUCUUGUGGAUGGGACAAGCUGGUCAAGGUGUGGAACCUGACCAACUGCCGACUGAAGACGAAUCACAUUGGGCACAAGGGCUACCUGAACACGGUGACUGUCUCGCCUGAUGGGUCCCUUUGCGCAUCAGGGGGCAAGGACACCAAGGCUAUGCUGUGGGAUCUAAAUGAUAAUAAGCAUCUAUACACCUUGGACCAUACAGAGAUCAUCAAUGGGCUAUGCUUCUCGCCAAAUCGGUAUUGGCUCUGUGUCGCAACUGGACCCAGCAUCAAGAUUUGGGACUUGGAAGGAAAAACAAUGGUGGAUGAAUUGAAGCCUGAGGUGAUUUCAACUUCAACCAAGGCGGAACCCCCACAAUGCUUGUCGAUGGCCUGGUCCUCUGAUGGCCAGACUCUCUUUGCCGGAUACUCCGACAACCUCAUUAGAGUCUGGCAGGUCAUGUCUGUCGUCAGCCGUUGAUUCCCUACCCUCGAUGGAAAACCAAAAUGAUUUCUGAAGAAUAUAUGGACAAGGGUUCAAGGGGACAAUA